GCUUCCCGCGGCCGAGGCGCCGAGAGCGGGGGGUGCAGCCGGGGGCCCCGGCCGCGGGCUCCACGGUCAGCCGUCGGGUGUGUGAGCCGCCGCGGAAGCGGUAUGUCUGCGGAAGUGCAGGAGGCGGCCUCCGCGGAGGAGCAGAAGAGACAACCAAAAAUCGAGAAGGAAGGGGGAAACAGAGAGAGAGAGAGACCGACCAACCGACCUGCAGCCCUGCUUCACCACUCACAAAGCUUUCCCCUUGCAGGAAAUGGAAGAUAAAGUGACUAGUCCAGAGAAAGCUGAAGAAGCUAAAUUGAAAGCAAGAUACCCUCACCUGGGACAAAAACCUGGAGGCUCAGAUUUCUUAAGGAAGAGGUUGCAGAAAGGGCAAAAGUACUUUGAUUCUGGGGAUUACAACAUGGCCAAAGCAAAAAUGAAGAACAAGCAACUUCCUGCUGCAGCCCCAGAGAAGACCGAGGUCACCGGUGACCACAUCCCCACUCCACAAGACCUUCCUCAACGAAAACCGUCUCUUGUUGCUAGCAAGCUGGCUGGCUGAUGAGAAGAGCUGAACUGCAUGACUUAGAACUCCUGUUCCUCCUUGUUAUGUUAUUUCUCUGCUUUUUAUUUUCCUUAAUGCAGUCAGUUGAGAGUGAGAGCUUUACAGGUAUUGAUAGUGUGUGCUGCUAUUGUAAGAGGAUACACGUGUAGAAUUUCUGAUUAGCUUAAUGGUGCACCGAUGAAAAGGACCUGUUAAUGUAGCAUAGGGACCUGCUUUCAAAUAAUUAUGUCUGUUGCCUAACUUCUUCUGAAGAGUUGGUUCCAACAAGUAACAAGCAAGUUUUACAGUUCUUAAUGUGUUGGAUAUUCCCAUCAUCUUAACUAUGCCUUUGUUUUUCUCUUAUUUAAUAUAACCUCUCAUACUGAUUUCUUCUGUACUCUCUUUUGGAUUUUAUAAAAUAAAAGUUUAAGACCACAAGUCGUAAGAAUGAUCAAACCUUUUAAGCAGAUAGAUGAGACUCUAAAAGGUUUGCUUUCUGCUUGAGCUUGAGUGGCCUUAGACCCAUUUCAGCUUUAACAGUAGAGUCUGACCUGGGCAAUGUCUGUCCACUCUGGUGUGACUUGAGUGGCUCCAGUGCUUAGCAGUUAGUCUUGAAGCUAGUAUCCUUACUCAGUUCUGUAUUGUUAGGAUACCCUUGUUGAAGAUAUGAAUGAAGUGUGCAUGUACUGUUGACAUCACUUCUGUGCCACUUUUUAAAUACAGUAAUUUUGCACAGCCUCUCACAAACGUCUGUAUUAUUUUCACAUAAUGAAAACAUAAAUGAUGUGCCAACCAGAAGCACAAGAGUUUCUACAUAAAACUCUGUAUGUCAUUAGAACUUUUGUGUAGUAAGAGCAGUUUGAACUUAAAAAAUACCAAACUGAAAUCUUUGCUCAGUCUGCCAUAGACAAACUUUUGUUUUACUAGUAUCCAUGACAUUCAGUGACCUUGUGCAAAUAUGGUAUGUUGAUUUAGGCAUAUCUUUUGUCCUAUGCAGAACACUUCAUUUUUUUGACUUUUAUGAAAAGUGAAAUUCAUGUAAUUAAUGUAUAUCAUUUUUAAAGAAACUUCACUUCUGCCAAUUUGGGGCUCACCAAAAUGGAAGUCUUCAGUGUUCUGUUUCUGGUGGCCCCUCCCUUCUUCUUGCUUGUUUGACUCAAAUCAUGUUGGACUGUGUUGCUCAGCCUAUUUGAAAACAUACUUGUCUAUAUCCUUAUUCAUAAAAUAUCCUCUGCUAGGGGAAUUGGGUGGUAGCACAGCAGGUUAAGCACAGGUGGCGCAAAGCGCAAGGACUGGCAUAAGGAUCCCGGUUCCAGCUCCCCGGCUCCCCACCUACAGGUGGGGAGCCGCUUCACUAACGGUGAAGCAGGUCUGCAGGUGUCUGUCUUUCUCUCCUCUUCUCUGUCUUCCCCUCCUCUCUCCAUUUCUCUCUGUCCUAUCCCACAACAAUGACAUCAAUAACUACAACAAAGGCAACAAAAGGGAAUAAAUAAAUUCAAAAAAAUCUUUAAAAAUUUGCUCUGCUAGAUGCUGUAUUUUAUACUGCAGUAACAACAUAGUUAUCAGUUGUUAACCACUUUUGAAUCCUGUAUUACUAAUAUUUGCCUAUUGUUUAAAUAAAAGUAACUUUAUAAUGAAACACAUA